AUGUGCGGCUGGUUGAAUGGUCAUGUAAUUGGACUUGACCUUAGUCGUAAUGAGCUUCAGGGCACCAUCCAAACCAAUAGCAGCCUCUUCCACCUUCGUCAACUCCAGAAGCUCAAUCUUGCCUCCAAUGACGUCAGAUUCUCUAGAAUAUCAUCUAAGUUUGGAUCAUUCAUGAAUUUGACCCAUCUCAACCUCUUAAACUCUUUAUUUUUAGGUCGAAUUCCUUCAGAAAUCUCCCACCUGUCCAAAUGGAUUUCGCUCGAUUUUUCUAGUAUUCAUGAGGGGAGACUUGAACAACACACUUUCAAUAUGCUCCUUCAGAACCCAAUCCAGUUCAGAGAACUACACCUUGAUGCAUUGGAUAUCUUGUCACCUUUACCGCAUGCUUUGUUAAAUCUAUCUUCUUUGACAUCUCAGUCUUGCUUCUUGUCAACUGCGUGGGAAAUUCCCAGAAGACAUUUUCCACCUCCCAAACCUACAAAAGCUCGAGAUUCCAUUGGCAACAUGAGCCAACUUGCUUUCUUGGACGUUUCUGGAAAUCAGCUAAUAGGUCCCAUUCCUUUGUAUGCAAUUGGGCUUUCCAGGUUAGCUUACCUUGAUUUAAAAAAUAACUCACUCAAUGAGACAAUACCAUCUUGGUUAUCUACUCCACCUUCACUGGUUUCUAUAGAAUUGAGAGACAAUAAGUUGCAAGGACAAAUUCCAGGAUCUGUUUAUGAACCCGCGAACCUGACACACUUGUCACUUUCAUCAAAUAACUCAAGUGGUAUUGUGGAGCUAGAUAAGCUUCUAAAGCUAAAAUAUCUAUCCCAUCUUGACCUUUCACAUAAUGGUCUCUUAUUGAGUAUCAACAACAGUGUCAACUCUACCAUGCCCAAAUUUCACACUAUAGGAUUAGCUUCUUGCAACUCAAGUGAAUUUCAAACUUCUUGA